AUGUCGCUCAGCGAACCUCGAAAAUCGUGCAAUGCGGCAAUUCCGCCUUCAGUCAUCGAGACCUACCACAGACUACGCGCAGGCGUCCGGAGACAGGUCACCUGGAAGCUUCUCAGCGAGCGGAUCGAAAUAUGGCCCGACCGGGAGCAUCUCAUGUAUCUCAGCGCGGUCUUGCUGGAGUUGCCGUUGUUGAGGCUGUGGAAGGACAAGAAGCUGUACUGCAUGCCGUGCGAGCGAUGCGGGGGUGUCGUCUUCGGCAACGAGGUCGUCGGGAUGUGUGAGCACUGUCAGCGGGCUGUGGAGCUGAGGAUCAAUCCACUGGUCUUAGGGCUCUUGAGUGAUGAGACGGCGGGCUUGAGAGGCGAGCAUAAUCUGUUGGUCGCAGAUGAGGUAUGGGAGAAGUUGUUUGGACUCGGGCAGGGGACUGGGAACGAUGAAGCGAUAAGCGAGAAGUGGUUGAGGGAGCGGGAGCGGAUCGUCAGGUACCAGCGGUUCACGUGGGUUUUGUUAUGGGUUCGUGGUUGGGAUGGAGGGAGACUGGUUGUUGUUGAUGUGCUUGACGUGAAUGGUACUGAGUUGUGA